AUGAAAAAGCCUUCGUUGAUCUUCCCGUUGGCGCUCAUUGGCGGCCACUAUUGGCUUCAGACACACCGUCGGCGACAGCGCUCGCCAACCGAUGGCCCGGUGUUUGGCUUCAGAAGUGCGGCUCUGUUUGGAUACGACGACAAAGACUCACCGCCGAGGACUGACUCAAUAUACGACACGUGUAAACAGGCGUUCAAUUCAGUGGUCGGCGUCGAGCCGUCGAUAGGCAAACAGCCGCGCAAACAGACGGACGAGAAGUGCCGCAGCUCUGGCUUUAUAGUGAAAGACGAGUCCAUUUUGAACGGCUAUGUGAUUACGACCGCUCGGGCGGCGGCACAGACUCGCGACGUGAACAUCAUCUGCACUGACGGCCAGAGACGGACGGGUAAAGUGGUGUAUAUGGAGGCGCACCUGGACUUAGCGCUCAUCGAAGUGACCACAAAGGCGUUGUAUAACAAUCGCAAAGUGUUUAAGCGACCGAUCAUUGGCCGCGACAACGAUGUCUUCAUUCCUCAGCCAUCGGUUGCUCUGACACAACUCAAUAGUCGUCCGACCGGUGCUCACGACCUCUUCAUAACGGGUUCGGCCGCUCUGUGUCUCCUCUAUUGCCACCAAACUGUGUGUACUCUGAAUGGCGGCGAACGAGUGGCCAGUCUUUGCGGUCGCACUUAUGUUAUGAAAACGGAUAUC